AUGAUGCAGCGGGUGGCGGUGGUCGGUGGGGGGGCGGCCGGACUCUGUGCAGCCAGACACAUCCUGUCCCGUCCAAACAGCUUCGCCCCCCCGGUGGUGUUCGAGCUCAGCGGCCACAUCGGUGGCACCUGGCGUUAUGAGGAGCGUCCGGACGCCAGCGGGGGGGCGGCUCACAGCAGCAUGUACCGAGACCUCCGGACCAACCUUCCCAAGGAGGUGAUGAUGUUCCCUGACUUCCCCUUCGAGCGGCAGCUGAGCAGCUUCCUGCCUCAUCAGGAGGUUCAGAAGUACCUGGAGAGCUACUGCCACAGCCACAGCAUCUGGCCUCACAUCCGGUUCAACACGGAGGUGGAGAACGUGAAGCCUGCGCUGAAGACGCCGGGGGGCGGGGCCACGUCAUGGGAAGUGACAUCAUGUGACGCGCGGGGUCGUCAGAAGACCGAGACCUUCGACUCUGUCUUCGUCUGCUCGGGACACUACUCCGACCCACACGUCCCGAGCGUCCCUGGGAUUCACAACUUUAAAGGAGCCGUGCUCCACAGCCACUCGUACCGGUUCGCCGAGCCCUUCUCGGGUCGGACCGUCCUGGUUCUGGGAGCCAAAGCUUCAGGGCUGGACAUCUCCAUUGAACUGGCAAAGGCUGGUGCUCAGGUGAUUCUGAGUCAUGGUCGUCCUCGUCUCACGUUCCCACUUCCUCCCGGGAUUGGACAGUCCAGUCCGCUGGUGGCGAUCGAGGAGGACGGCAGCGUUCGAUUCCAGGACGGUUCUCUGGGCCGCGCUGACGUCCUGAUGUUCUGCACCGGCUACAACUUCAAGUAUCCGUUCCUGGAUGCGGAUCAGCUGGGUCUGAAAAUCCAGGACCACAUGGUGUCGCCCCUGUAUCGCUACCUGAUGCCUCCUGCCUUCCCCUCGCUCUUCUUCAUCGGCAUCUGCAAGAUCAUCUGCCCCUUCCCCAAUUUCAACUGUCAGGUCCAGUUCUCUCUGGCCGUGUUGGACGGCUCGGUCCCUUUACCGUCUCGGGCUGAGAUGGAGGACGAGGUCCUACAGGAGCUGCAGGAAAAGGUGGAGCGUGGAGUCGAGCAGCGCCACCUGCUGGUCCUGGAACAGGACCAGUGGGAGUACUGCCAGGGACUGGCUCAGGCCGCCGGGUUCCCACCUCUGCCUCCGGUCGUACGCAGCCUGUACGAGGAGGUGUGGCGCCAGCGGCAGAUUCACCCUGAAAACUACCGGAGGCUGAACUACCGGCUCGUCAGCGACACCCGGUGGGAGGUUCACCCAGCGGAGUAGAAACUCCCAAAUCCUCCAACAGAUCGAUUUCAUUAGAGAAGAACCGCUGAAGCUGAGGAACGUUAGGAAACUGAAAGUCAAACAGAGUUUUACGAGCGACGCUCGUUUCAGCUCCGUUGUCUGAUUCCGUCUUUUGUCCAGUUGCAGAACUGAGCGGCGCCAUCUUGAACUGUACAUGAGCAAGAGGUUGCUCUCCCAUGAGCCUCAGCGGCUUUCUGCUCAUUAACAUGCUAACAUGAUGAACAUCAUACAUGUUCUACAUACUUAGCUACUAGCAUUAUUAGCAUGUUAGCAUUUUACUUUAAGCACCUUGUUGCCUGAGCAGAUUCUCACAUAGCUGCUGAUUUUAUAUUCAAACGGUUCUAGACCAUGAACCAACACCAGCAGAAACAGAAUCAAUAUUUAGAUGAUUAAUGAUCAGUUUUGUCUAAAUGUUCUGCAGCUCAUGAAUAGAGUGUCUGUUGAAGUUGUUAUUAAACGGAUCAUGAAAUCAUUACUAUUAAUAAAUCUAUUGAAUACAGCCUAUAAACCUUUAUAGGUGGAGCCUAAUAGGAACGUGGUGCCAAAGAAACACUCAAACAACUUUAUAUACUGUGUCAUUGUGAAAUAUUUUUAAUAAAGUCAAGUGCAUAACAAACUGUUAAAUUAAAGAAACAAGUCAAAUAAAUAAAGACAAAUCAUUUGAAA